CAGCAAUUAGAUGAUCGCAUCACAUGCAUGAUGCAUGAACAUGUUAAGAAUUGUUAAUUUUUGUGUCAUCAUUAAUUUUUGUGUCAUCAUCUCGCUCAAGUUUUGAUCCAUUCUGCUCUCCCUCUCUUCCUCCGGCUCCAUGGGAGGAGCACUUCUUCUCCCUCUGCUCUCUCUGCUCUGCUUCGGCUUCCUCAAAGGAGCAAGGCCUUCGACGUUCACAGUGAAGAACAACUGCGCCUAUACUGUGUGGCCGGGCAUCCUCUCCAACGCCGGCGUGGCGCCGCCGUCCACCACCGGCUUCGCGCUCUCCCCGGGCGAGUCCCGUGCCGUGGCCGUCGCCGAUGGCUGGUCCGGCCGCAUGUGGGGCCGCACGCUCUGCGUGCAGAGCUCCUCCUCUGGCGCCGGCUUCGCCUGUGCUACCGGUGACUGCGGCUCUGGCACAGUCGAGUGCUCCGGCCGCGGCGCCGCUCCGCCGGCCACGCUGGCCGAGUUCACGCUCGCUUCCAUCGGAGGCGACGACUUCUACGACGUGAGCCUCGUCGACGGCUUCAACCUGCCGGUGCUGGUCGCGCCGGCAAACGGGAGCUGCCCGACCACAGACUGCCCCACCGAUCUGAACGCGCAGUGCCCGCCGGAGCUGCGCGUCAUCGUGGCCGGCGCGACGGUGGCGUGCCGGAGCGCGUGCGAGGCGUUCGGGACGGAGGCGUACUGCUGCAACGGCGCGCACGGGACGCCGGCGGCGUGCGCGCCCACGGGCUACUCGCGGCUGUUCAAGGCCGCGUGCCCGCGCGCCUACAGCUACGCCUACGACGACGCGACGUCCACGUUCACGUGCGCCGGCGGCAGUGCCGGCUACGGCGUCGUGUUCUGCCCCGCCGGCGGGUCGAGGUACGCUCGUUGGACGUGCUCGGCACGUCGUGGCCAUUUGGCACAUUUCGAUCGCUUCUUUUUCUGGACGUGUGCAUGUGGACAGCGUAGCAUGCAUCAUGCACGGCUUGUCGUCGUGGACUUGCGGCAUAUGAACGAAUUAUAUUAUAUUAAGCUUAAAUUAAGGGAGAGGCGUUUUGGAUCUUGGCCUACAUGGAGGUCGAAUUUUUGAAAAUUUUGAAAUUCGAAAUUUUCAGUUUGAAAAAA